CCUCUUUAAAUUCAGGCGUGGCACUGUGAAGAAGUACUCUGAAGCCAGGAACGUUAUAAGGACUGUAUCUUUCGAAGUUGACUUCCUUCAGCAAAAUGGUUGAACAAUUUGUUGGAACGUGGAAACUGACAAGCAGUGAUAAUUUUGAUGAAUACAUGAAGGCGAUAGGUGUGGGUUUUGCCACCCGCCAGAUGGGGAACCUCGUCAAGCCAAACCUGGUGUUAAGCGUGGACGACCAGGGAGUCGUCUCCUUAAAAUCUCAAAGCACGUUCAAGACGGUUGAAAUCAAAUUCAAGUUGGACGAGGAGUUUGAUGAAACGACUGCCGAUGACCGACGAACAAAGACGGUGAUUACUUUGGAAAACGGAAAACUUGUGCAGAAACAGUCAUGGGAUGGCAAGGAAACGACGAUAGAACGAGAUCUUCAAGAUGGAAAACUCAUUGCGAAAUGCAUAAUGAACGAUGUGGUGUCUGUGAGGACCUAUGAACGGGAGGCGUGAUCCAUUCAUUUGUUUUUAGUACUGCCACACGACGUGUCCAGUUCCAUGUUUUUGGUUGGCAAUGUAAAUUGGAUAAACAUGAAGUUCGCUUAUGGGACCAUGAAUGUGUGCUAUGUAACGCAUUGUGCUUUAAUUAAAAAUGUCCUUUUCUGAGUAAUUUGAAAUGUCACUUUUUAAUUUGUAUGUUUUUGGUUAUCCACUGCUAAGACAAACAUUUGGUGACCUUUGUAAUAGGCCUAUAUAACGCACACACACGCUUAAAGUAAACUUGUUUGUUGGACCAACACAAACAAUUUGCCCACUUUUUUUUCUUUUUUUUUUUUCAGCGCAACUGUUUUUGGUAUCAGUUAUGUCUGAAAGGUUGAUUUCAGAUAUUUUGAAAAUGCUGAAUAUUUGAAUAAUUUUGAAUAAUGAAUGUAUGUUUGUCCUGUAUUACCAAACUUGAGAUGGGAGGUAUGAAGUCAAAAUCUAUUCAGUAGUGUCUAAAGUUCAAUCUGAGGGAGUUUUCUGUCCUCCAUUCCCCCUAUCUGAUUGUGAGGGCUGUGUGGAAACACAUGAGCUGGCAAAGAUGACCGCUUGUGGGACUCAUUGAUCUUUUCAAAUUUUGCAAGGUCUCUGGCAAGGAGCUUCUGGGGGAAAGAUCUACUGCUAAACCAUGAAGCCGAAAUGCUUAAAUAAAGAGGGGUUGUGCCUGA